UCAUGGGGCCCCCGGGCAAUAGGGGAUCAUGGGGCCCCUGUGUCCUCACCACACCCAAAAAAGCCUAUGAAAAAUACUAGGGGCAUCUCAUGGGGCCCCCUACUGACCCUGGGCCCUCGGGCAGUGCCCGAGAGCCCGAAUGGUCAGUCCGCCCCUGGGCCAAUCACAGCAUCACAAUAGUAAGAAAAUGUCAUAUAUGGAAGCCAUUCACGACAGUUUUACUCACACUGUAAUCAUCAAUCACAUGAUAUCUCAGCCGCUCACACUAGCUGGGUAGAGAGCAUUGUGAUCCGCUGUGUGACA